UAUAUCAGAUCAAACUCAAAGGAAAAAUGGCAGCAGCAUCAAGGCUUGUAUCUUUUGCUGAAAAGAUUAUUAAGCCUAAUCGUGCUACGCCUUUAUCACUUGGGCGUUAUAAUCUUUCUAUAAAUGAUCAAAUCAUGGUUCCAUUCUACCUAUCAAUUGCAGCCUUUUAUCCUAACCCCUCUAAAACACCAGAACAAGUAUCCAACAUACUUCAAAAUUCACUAUCCAAAGUUCUAUCCUCUUACUAUCCAUUUGCUGGAACACUCAGAGACAACACUUUCGUCGAUUGCAAUGACAGGGGAGCCAAAUUUAUGAACGUUAGAUACGACUGUCCAAUGUCUGAAAUUGCUAAUCUUCCCGACACUGGCCCUGAAUAUCUACCUUUUGCUAAAGGUAUACAUGACAGUUUACUUUUAGGGGACGAAGAUUUACUUGUUGUUCAAUUAAGCCAUUUUAAUUGCGGGGGAUUAGCUAUAGGUACUAGCAUAUCACACAAAAUUGCUGAUGGAUGCACAACCUCUAAUUUCAUUAGUGAUUGGGCUUCCAUAGCUCGUGAUGAUGAGGAGGCGAAUAUUAUACCUUCCCCACAAAUGAUUGGAUCCUCUAUUUUUCCGCCUUCCACUAACCUUCCAUCCACUGACAUUUACACGAAUACCAUAGUUAACGUUCCCAUUGAAAAUAUUAAAAGAAGGUACCUAUUUUCCAAUUCGAAACUUGAGAUGCUGAAAAGUCAAGUGACAUCAGAAACAGGGUUGCAAAAUCCUAGCCGAGUUGAUGUGCUGUCUGCACUAAUUUACAAGUGCGCUGUAACAGCAGCUCGAGCUCAAGCAAACUCGUUUAAACCAUCCAUGUUGACACUAGCUGUGAAUUUACGUCCAAUAUUGGAUCCACCAGUAGCAACACGGGCAAUAGGGAAUAUGGUUAGUUUUAUCAAAGUUGAAACAACUAGUGUGGAUGAAAUAACAAUAGCCAGAGUGGUUCGCGAGCUAAGGAAAGCUAAAGAUGAAUUCAAGAAGGAGGACCACGUGAAUGCGAACAAGCUAGUGGCACUUCAUUCUGAAAAUUUACCGAUUUCUAAUGAAUUUGAAACGUAUAGAAGUCAUAGUAUGUGCAAUUUCCCAUUGAAUAAUUUGGAUUUUGGAUGGGGAAAGCCAAACAAGGUAACAAUUCCACUAAUUGGGGUUGGAUUCUGCUUCUUUUUACUGGAUAGUCCCAGUGGAGACGGGAUUGAGGCAAUUGUUGCAGUACCAGAGACAUACGUGACUCAAUUUGAGAAUAACAAAGAGCUCCUCCAGUUUGCUACUCCAAUGAAUUAAGUUUACAUUCAACCUCAUUCCUGCUUUCAUGUUAUUAUUUCAUUAACUCUCGUUUGA